AUGGACAAGCCAACUUUAGUGCAGAAAGCAGAUUCAGGGGCUAGUAUUGCUAGCGAGGAUGACAUCGACUCUUACGUGUACGAGGAGGCCCCCGCCUAUCGAAAGUUCAUUUAUGACACGUUUUUGUGGAUUUUAAGUAACAUUUUUGACUGUUUUUUCCGGGAAAUUCGGAGUAGAGGACGUUACAAAGUCCCAACCCAGGGUCCUGUCAUAUUUGUUGCCGCUCCUCAUGCUAAUCAAUUCAUUGACCCGGUAAUACUUAUGGGUCAAGUUAAAAAGGCUGUCAAUAAGCGUGUGUCUUUUUUAGUAGCUGAAAAAUCGCUCACCAGGAAGGCCAUAGGUACCUUUGCGCGAUGCGCAAUGUCAAUUGGGGUUGGAAGAGCACAAGAUAACCUGCGGCCUGCGACAGGGAAAAUAAAGAUUAGCGAGGAUGACCCACGGAAGAUCAUAGGCCGAGGAACGAGGUUUUCCCAGGAUUUCGAGCCCCAAGGCCUUAUUGGGCUUCCUAAAUCAUUGGGAAAUGCCAUUAUUGAAUCCAUUGAGAGCGACGAAGUACUAUACAUCCGCAAGGAAUUUCGACAGUCUAAGCCUGAUGUUAAGCAAUUGUUGGAGAAAGGGACUUCCUACAAGUAUGCUCCCAAGGUUAAUCAAAAGAAGGUCUACCACCGUGUCUUUGAACAUUUGGCUCACGACCAAUGUGUUGGUAUAUUUCCAGAAGGGGGUUCCCAUGAUAGAACUGAUUUACUGCCUUUGAAGGCAGGCGUAGCGAUUAUGGCUUUAGGGUGCAUGAGUAAGCAUCCGGAAACCAAUGUUCAGAUUGUUCCCUGUGGUAUGAACUACUUCCACCCACAUAGAUUCAGAUCAAGAGCAGUAAUCGAGUUUGGUAAUCCAAUUACCAUCACUCCAGAGCUGGUGAAACAGUAUCAAGACCCAGCGAAGAAUAGGGAAGCGGUCAAAGAGCUUUUGGAUAAAAUAUCGGGUGGACUUCAGGCGGUGACAGUCACAUGCCCCGACUACGAGACUUUAAUGGUAGUACAGGCCGCUAGGAGACUGUACGCAGGCCACCUGUCUGCAAAACUUCCCCUCUCGUUAGUGAUCGAAAUGAAUAGACGAUUGGUGAAAGGGUAUCAAACUUAUAAAGAUGAUCCGAGAAUCAAGAAACUUAAAGAAGACGUUUUGAAGUAUAAUGCCAACUUACGCAGCAUCAAUAUCCCAGACCAUCAAGUUGAGUCUGCUAAGAUAAAUUUUGCGAAAAAUCUCGGCCUGCUAAUAAUGAGAUCUUUGAGACUAUCCAUUUCUCUGAUUUUGGCCCUUCCAGGCAUAAUCAUGUUUUCUCCGGUAUUUAUUGUGGCCAAGAUAAUCUCCAAGCAGAAGGCAUCUCAGGCCUUAGCUGCAUCUACCGUGAAAAUCAAGGCAAAUGACGUUAUUGCAACGUGGAAGAUUCUGAUUGGUAUGGGCUUUGCUCCUUUGCUCUACACUGUGUGGUCAAUUUUGUUGACUUAUUAUUUCAGAAAUUCGAUCACUAGAAAUAAGUUUGCAAGUUUUGUUGGUAUCUAUAUUCUUUGCACCAUCGUUACGUAUUCCGCUUUGAUUAUUGGUGACAAUGGGAUGGAUGUAUUCAAGUCGUUGAGGCCAUUAUAUUUAUCUAUCACCGAUCCCGCAAUCCUCAAGGAACUGCAAAAGCAGAGGAGGAUCUUGGAGGAGGAAAUUACCCUCAUGGUAAAUACGCUGGGCCCUGAAUUGUACCCUGGUUUUGAUGGUGUCAGUCUUUCGGAUAAGUAUAGAAACGGCUUAAUCGCAACUGAUGAGGAAGAAGAUAGGAUGACCACCGAGCUAAGACGCAGAAGGCAACUCAGAAAGCGUAAAGAGAGCGGUAAACAAAUUACAAGGCAAAGCACUGAAACUGAUGGCGAGAGUGACGCUUUGUCGUUAAUGAACAGCGACAACUCGCUGUCCAACAUACCUUUAUUUUCUAAUCUUGACAAGCGGUCCGGAUCAAUCUCUUCAAUUACAUCGAUGAGUUCUGGAUUUGAAAUCGUUGAAGACAUGAGCAAAUCUGAGGGAUUGGGCGCCAAAAUUGCUUCUACCGUUCGGGAAAAGCGCGAAUAA